GGCUGGUGAGCUUUUCUGGUGCUUCGGACACAGCUGUCGGGGGGACUCAGCAAACAGUCUGCAGUCUGUGGAGCUGCUCUGAGGCGUCCCGAUGGCCAUGGAUGGCCCGUCCGGGCGGCCAGCCCUGCUCUCCCUGCUUCUGGUCAUGGCGAUGCCUUUCUUCUGCUCAGCCCUAAGCAUAGAUGAAGCAUGGAGACAGCUGUUGAUGAGAGAGAAGAUGAUGCGACUGGGAGGGCAGCUGGUGCUGACCGAAGAGGAGGAGCUGGCCAACAAGAAGCUCAUGGCCCUCAAAAAGGCUGAGGUGGCACAGGCCAUCAGGACCCAGACGUUCCCUCCCAGCAUGCACUUUUUCCAGGCCAAGACCCUCAUUGAGAAAAGUGAAGUGUUCAAUAUCCUGAAGAAGAUGCCAAAAGGGGCUGCCUUACACCUCCAUGACUUCGGCAUCCUGAGUAUGAACUGGCUGGUGAAAAAUGUUACCUACAGGCCCCACUGCCAUUUCUGUGUCACCCCAAGGGGGUACUUGAACUUCAAAUUUGCUUAUCCAAGGCCCCCUGCUCCUGCACCAGCAGAGUGUUCAGAGUGGGUUUUGCUGGAGAAAUAUCGAAAGGAGCUACAAAAUGUCACUGAGUUUGACAACAGACUGCUUCAGGCUUUCACUCUGAUGACCGAGAACCCCGAGGUGGCUUAUGCAAACCAAGAUGCUGUCUGGUCCAAGUUUACUAGUAUCUUCCUCACAAUCUCUGGCCUUGUCUACUAUGCACCGGUGUUCAGAGACUAUGUCUUCCAAGCGCUGGAGGAGUUCUACCAGGACAAUGUGCUCUACCUGGAGCUCAGAGCCAUGCUGUACCCGGUGUAUGAACUGAAUGGGACCAUCCAUAACCAAGAGUGGUCAGUGAAGACUUACAGAGAAGUGGCUUGUAUGUUUGCAAAAACACAUCCUGGGUUUAUUGGAAUCAAAAUCAUUUAUUCGGAUCACAGAUUCAAAAAUGUGUCCUUCAUCAUGAAAUCUGUCCAAAGAGCUAUGGCACUUCGAACCACGUUCCCUGGGAUGGUGGCGGGGUUUGACCUGGUGGGACGUGAGGACACUGGCCACUCCUUGUAUGAAUACAGGGAGGCGUUGAUGAUUCCUACCUUGCAAGGUGUGAAACUGCCUUACUUUUUCCAUGCUGGAGAGACAGACUGGCAGGGUACUUCCAUAGAUAGAAACCUUCUGGUUGCACUAAUACUGAAUUCUACCAGGAUUGGCCAUGGAUUUGCUUUGACCAAACACCCAGCAGUCUGGGCUGACUCCUGGAAGAAGGACAUUCCCAUAGAAGUCUGUCCCAUCUCCAACCAGGUUCUGAAACUGGUGUCUGACUUGCGAAACCACCCUGCUGCUGUUCUGAUGGCCACUGGGUACCCCAUGGUGAUCAGCUCUGAUGACCCGGCUGUGUUUGGUGCCAAAGGCUUGUCCUAUGAUUUCUAUGAGGCCUUCAUGGGCAUUGGGGGAAUGGCAGCUGAUCUGAGGACACUCAAACAACUGGCCAUGAACUCUAUCAAGUUCAGCACCUUGUUGGAUACUGAUAAAAAGGCUGCCAUGAAAACCUGGGAGAAGAGAUGGAAUAAGUUUGUAGCUGACCUGGCCAGGAGGCCAGCAUGAGAAGAUAGCCACUUAUUACCCUAUUCCUCUGCUUCCCUCUGCAAGCUGUUCUUGCCUGUCAGUCAUCCUUGAACACACACAGUAUAGUUUCUACCUCCAUUUCUUUAUCAGAAUCGAUAUCAUGAAGGUCAUCAAUGGCCUUCACAUUGACCGUCCUCUCAGAAACACUUAAACAGUUUACCAAACUCAUCUUUUUGAAAUAUUCUUUUCUCUCAACCCCAGUGACAUUAACUCUUUGGUUUCCAUUUCCUCCUCUCUCUCUGGGGUCCUGUUUCCAGAUACUCUUCUCUCAGAUUUCUGUGUUAGAUUUCCUCAGGACUUAGUCUUGCCUCUCUUCUGUUCAUAUUUCUGCUUCUUCUCCUCUUUUUCUGGUAGUCUCAUUCACUCCUUUGCUUUUAAAUGACAUUUAUUUGCUGAUGAUCCUCAAAUUUAUAUAUUUACUUGGAGCAUUCACAAGAAUCUCAGAAAACUACUAUGUGUUGGGGUGCCUGGGUGGCUGAGUUGAUUAAGCAGCCGACUUUGGCUCAGGUCAUGAUCUCACAGUUCAUGGGUU